CGACGACAUUGACACUGUUGAAGGUCUUCGUUGUCUCUUUACGUUUUCGGAUUUGACGGCGACAACUGUACAAAUUCCUUUUAUUAAUUAACCGGCAGGGGAUCCCCAUUAACGACCCAUCGACAAGCCAUGCCCUCGUUCUUGUCCAAGGUAUUUGGACGUAAGAAGGACGACAAGGAGCCAUCUGCGGGCCGUCGCACUUCGACUGCCUCUCUUCUCGAAGGAAAAUUCGAGGCUGUCUCGCCAACUGUAUCACUACCAGCGGACAAGCUACCCGAGGCGAAGGACAAGGAAAAGGGGAAGGAAAUUGGCUUUGGGCUGUUACGAACCAAGUCUGCUACCCCGGCACUCUCGACAUAUGCCCCCUCUGAAGUUCCCCAUCUUUCAUUAAACUUGCCUGGGCCAAAGAAUGGUGCAAGUAACCGCUCCUUGGGUGUCGUAUUCGAGGCAGAUCCCAACUCUCAAAUACUCUUGUCACAGUCUGACAUUGGAGGGCGUCGACUAAAUCCAUUGGAGACCCUAAUAUUGGUUCGCGCCUGUUCUCAGGCCAUUAUUGCGCGAGGCUUGGAAACGCCUGGUCUCAUGCACCCUCAUUGGUAUUCGGCCGACCCUCAAGUUCAGAAAAGACUCAUUUCGCUUUUUAUACACUCGUUGGCUCCCAAAAGUCCUAUAACUACGCUCUCUCCUACUCUUUCCUCCCCUGCAUCAGCCUUUGAAUCUGAGAUUAUCUCUACACGCUCGCCUCAUGAUGUCGCGGCGGUCUUGAGAUGGGGCCUCAGGCACUUGCAGCUAGAGGGUAGCUCUUUCGGCAAAGAGGAAGCUUGGUAUAAGAACUUCUUCGAUGCCGAGAGUUCUUCCCAAUAUCCUCUCACGGCCUUUGAGGAUAGCCUUGUUCCGCAGCUUCCGCCGGCUCACUUUGAGCUAUUAGCUGCUACAUUGGACCUUUUCUCAUCGCUUGCCGCCCACGCAGAAGCCAAUAGCACUUCCGGUAGUAAAGUAUCCAAGUUACUUGGUUUGUGGCUCCUAGAUGUCGCGCGCGCAGAGCAUAAUGAUACCUGGUCUUCUUUUUAUGCAAGAUGGGAGCGCGCUGGACGAAUGAUGGAGCACAUUUUCUUGUCAAAUAUCAGGCAAGAAAUGGUGAAGAAUAAGAUCCCUAAGCGUCUCACCGAGCUUGUGAAACAGUACCCCUACGGCAAGCCUUCAACCGAAGAGGGCCUCCUUCCCCGACCAUGGUUCUCAACACGACAACAUGAUGCCCUUUAUGUCCAUAUAGAUACAGAAUUACCCACAUCCGGUCUACAAAACUCAUACCAUCCCCUUCGACUGAUAUCCGAUGCUUUUAAAGCACAGCCCGGCUCAACGGGCCAUGUAGAACUUUGGAAUAGGAUUAAGCAAGUCGCAACUGAAGGCCAUGAUUCCUCACCCGGAGGUUACUCAGCCACCAGCCACGUUUUCGCUGAUGAGACCAUUCGGUUUCUCUCCAUGCUACCCAUGGAGAGGACCACCUCCGAGUCACCAACAAUCAAUCUCAUUCAACCGACGACAAAGCAAUCAAUCUCCCUGAACGAAGUUAAAGCCACAAAUGGUGUCAGUAACGGGAAGCUGUCAUUUGACACGCCAUCAGUUUCCGCCUCGACGUCAACGCCAGCCCCCGCAAGUCAUAUCGGCAUGGACUGGGCCCAGUUCUCGACCUCCGGUUUCCUAGAAUCACUGCCACUCGGUACCGCGCUUGCUUCCACCCUGAUGGAUUCGGACCUCGAGGUCACUGUUCCGCCGGAACCCAAGAAAUCCAAGUCGCCGACCCGACGCAAUGUACCCGAACUGAAUAUCGAUAUAAAUAAAGCGGCGCCGGUGGAAGAAACCAGUUCUACUUCCAAGGUGACCAGCGUGUCAUCUGUGCAGCUCGAUGAAGCUUUCAUAGACUUUUGGAACGACGCACUGGUGGACCCUAUAUCGUCAGAUUGGCCGUCCUUUGUAAUCUGCAAGUUGAAGGGGUCGUUAUCCGACAUUGAAAUCGAGGGCAAACGAGUUGAAUGGCUGGUUCUCGAGCAAACCUUCAGCAAACCACCACCACCACCUCUGCCGCCAGCAUCAGAUAGUCAUGCUUCACCUUCUGUUGAAUCACCCGGCAAACGGCCUCGAGCAUCCUCUCCUAAACCUUCAUUCAAAUCAGAUAUAUCCGGCACAUUCUCUUCAACGAAGAAGCGGUUCAGCUUUUGGACCAGUGGUGAUAAUAAAUCACCUACUAAGCGGAAGAACACCAACAGUCCCAAGUCCCCCAAGAUUGGCGAGAUGGGCGAAAUUUUGAAGGAAGAGGACGGCGACAAGAUUAAGACGAAGACUACAAGGAAGUCAGUAGACGUACCGAAGGAUAUUCCUGAAGAACGAGAACCCGAGAGUGGUGUUUCUGGGGCGGGGGUUGGUGCAACUGCCGCAGUCGUCUCCGCUGUUGGAGCUACUGCCGUGUUGGCUCAAGCGGCUGCCGAAGUCCCAUCUGAUGAAUCUAAAGUAGCUCCUACGACAGAAGGGGUCGCCAUACCUGAAUCCACACCAAACAAAACUGCCACCUUGGAAACUGCCUCUGAACCUCCUGCACCCCCACCUGUCGCUGACCCUAUUCCUGCGAUGGCACCUGUUGACGAAACACCCCUCGCCUCGGAAUUGAAAGUCCAGGAGGCUCCCGUGACGGAAUCCACCCCUGCAGUCGCUGUACUAGCUGAGGUCCCUCUUCCAAUUUUGGAGGGCGGGACACUUAAGGUGGAAGAGCCCCCUGCACCAGAACCUGUACCCGAAGUUAUCUCGCCUGUCGAUGCCGCUCCGGUUCUAGAGGAAGCGGCUGCACCUACGAGUGAACCGGAAGGAGCUCCAGUCACAAGCACAAUUGAUAAAUCCGCUCCCCUCGCGGUUGAAGAGCCAGCUACCGCACCUACUGAGGAAUCCACUGCCAUUCCUGAGGAAGGACUAGCUUCCGUACCUGUAGAAGAGCCGGUUAUAGCACAGGCAGAGCAGACGAUACCUGUUGAAGAGGAGUCGGUGAAAGUUGUUGGUCCCACUGAAGAAGUCGCGCCCGCAGAAUCAGCUGCCGUUCCCGUUGAAGAACCAGUACCAGGACCCGCCGAGCAGUCUGCAGCACCAUCUGUGGCAGAGCUCACGGCACCCGCACCCGUUGAGGUAGAAUCGGAAAAAAAUGCUGCUCCUGUCGAACACGUUGCAGAUGUAACCGAAGAACCUUCACUUGUUGUACAAGCGGAGAAUGUGACGGCCCCAGCGAAAGAACAAGCGCCACCUUCGCUCCCCACGCCCGUCGUAGCGGAUGUCGCAGUGGCUCCUGCUGAAGAAUCGUCUGCGCCUGCUCCCGAGGAACAAAGUGUCGCUCCUAUUCAGGCUGAAGAUCUCGUCUCUUCACCGAUUAAAGAAAAGGAUGCCCUACCUACAGUUGAAGAGGAUGCCGCCGCUGUUGGAGAAAAAUCUGUCGACAUCGGAGCUACUGCGCCAGCAGAAGAGACAGCGGAAACUUCGACGAAUUCCGAAGUUGUGGGGAACAUUGCAGCCCCAAUAGUCGAGGAGAAAGUCGCCACGGUCGGUGACGAGUACCACCCUGAGGCAAUUUCUAGUGAGCCACUGUCGGCGCCCACCUCUUUAGUCAUAGAGACGACACCCGAGCCUGAGGUGGCGUCCGCCACGCAACAAUCACCCGAAGUUUCCUCUGUCGUCGAACCAGAAAACGUCGCUCCAGUUUCGGAUCCCGAAGACAAGCCUUUAUCGAAUGAUGAAUCAUUAGCAGCAGAAUCUUUUAGCCCCCAGCAAGCACCCGCACCCGCCGCGUCAGCUCCGGAGGAAGAGUCUGUCCGACACUCUUUCGCUCACCGGGACGCCAGCAAUUGAUGUAUCUUCUAUUGCCGAUGAGCCUGCUGCUACGGAGCCUAGCCUUGUUCAUACUGAAUCCCUUGGUGAAUCGACGUCAGAAAACCAAGAAGAGGACACGGUAUCGUUGUUACCUGUUCCCGUUGUCGACGUAGAGCUUCCUUCACCAGCCGUUCACGUUGUCGAGGAGAUCCAUAAACAAGUCGAAGAGCCCAAUGAAUCUGCUUCCCCUGAUGUGAAAACAGAAAUCCCUUCUGC